AUGAAGUUACUGUACGCGAUUUGCUAUGGCUUUAUUGCCUUAAGUACAAUUACUUGUCACGUAACCGAUCGCCUGAAGCAUUCCGACCUCAGUGAGACAACACAAAUACCAUUGGAAAAUGAUUCUCGAAAUAUAUAUUCAAAAGAUUCCAUUGACAAAAAAUAUGAUAAUUCCCAAAAAGUGCAAGAAGAACCGAGCAGUGUUUAUCUCGAUGACGUAUUAUUUACAUUAAAACAUCAAAAUUGGAGUGACGAGGAAAAGCCCUGUUUGGAUCACAUAUACCGUCUUCUUUACAGUUUGCAAAACUUUACACUUUGGGCGGUUUGGGAUUGGGACUCAUUAUCAUCAGAACCUCAAGGCCUUCUAUUCGGUAACAGAUACCAAUUGGGUAAUUUCGACCAAUGUAUAAAAGCACCCUGGUCUAAAACACAUCCAAGUCUGAAGACCAAGUACUGCUUGGCCGAAGUUGUUCUAGAAAGAACCGACAACGCUGUGCGACGACGGAUUGAAAAACGUUAUUACCCGUACCAGUCUGCUCUGGAUUUUCUGCAGUUCCAUCCACCUCACACUCGUGCUCUGAACGAAUUGACCUGGGGCGCAUGCGUGCCGUCUGCGUGCUCGCCUCGCACUGUGGAAAGGCUCCUCGGCGUGGUGCUCGCGCGCAGCCAUCUUGGUGCUGCUCGCAUAAAGAAUAAUAUCGCCAUCAAAGAGGAAUGUCAAAGCGGUGAAGAUCACAGGGAUUAUGAUGCGCUGUUUUAUGCUUUCUUCAUAGUUAUGGGAUCAAUAACUUCAAUUUGUCUCAUCUGCACGUACUUGAACAAUCGACGAAAGGAAUUAGACCCUGAAAGAAGAAGUAACCGCAUCAUUGAAGCAUUUGAUCUUAAAGAAAAUGCUUCACAGCUACUUGACAUGAAGAAAGAAGGUUUGGAAGUGUUCUAUGGCAUACGGUACUUGACGAUAUGCCUUAUUGUAUUGGAUCACCAGAUAGGAAUAUAUAACGCUGGACCAAUUAGUGACGGACUUACGACUGAUCAGGAGUUUCAAUCAACAGUUGGUAUGCUGCUUAUACAUAACGAUCUCUUCGUGGACACCUUUUUCCUGCUUUCUGGAUUUCUUACUAUGACAAAUUUGGCUAAAAUAAAGAAAGUCAAAUAUAUUAUCAUCUUGAAGCGAUAUGUGAGGUUGAUAGUUGCUUAUGCUGUAGUAAUCUUCUACAUAAGCGCUGUAUUCCCUUACACGGGAAGUGGUCCGCUAUGGAACAGGGCAAUAUCACAAGACACUGAACAGUGCCGAAAGAACUGGUGGCUAAAUUUGCUCAUGGUCAGCAACUACGUUGACACAGAAAAUAUUUGUAUGGUGACAUCCUGGUACAUACCGUGUGACUUCCACUUUUUCGUAGUGACGGUUCUUGCGUACGGGUUAUAUAAGCAGUGGCCUAAACUUGGAUUAUCGGUAGUAGCAAUUCUUACAACUGGAGCUUUCAUAGUACCCGCAGUCAUCACCUAUAUAUAUCAGCUCGCUGCAGUACAACUAUUUACUAUUGAUUUUUUGAGGGACCCUCGUGCCAAGGAAGACUACCACAUCGCCUACAUCAAGAGCCACACACGGUACUCUGCCUACCUGGUGGGAUUCUACAGUGGCUGGCUAUUCGUGAAAUACAGCACUAACACGGGUCUAAAUAAAUUGAAACAGAAAUGGGCGAGUCUAGGCACAUUAUCUGCCUUAGGUCUGAUGCUGGUCAUAAUGCUUUACGGCAGUACAUUCCUUUGGAGGAACUACAGUCCGCUAGAGGGAGCUCUGUACGCUACACUUAACAGGCCCAUUUGGGCCUGCGGUGUGGUGCUAUUGGUCUUUUGCUGUUCUUUCGGACAUGUCCCAAUUGUGAAAUCAUUUCUGAGCUGGUACCCGUGGGUACCUUUAAGCCGGCUUGCUUACGGACUGUACCUGACACACGCUAUAAUCAUCACACGCAAUGUCUUCACCACCAGAAACCCACAACAUAAUGACUAUUUUGACAUCUUGAAUUCAGCUGCUGGCGUCAUAUUUUGGGGUUCCGUAGCUGCCGUGUUACUGUUUCUGUUCGUGGAGGCACCCGCUAACAACUUGUUUAGCUUAUGUUUACAUUCUAAAGUGGCAGACAGAACAACAUCAAAUGAGGAAUUGAACCCUGACAAUUUGAAUGCUUCUACAAGUACUAACUCGAUACCAACAAGCAGCACUGGUCACUUACAAAAAAAUUUACCUUCAAAUAUACGGUAUUCAUCUAAAAUAUAA